GCUUAUUGGGGUUUAUAAUUGGUUUUGUUUGUCAUGUCAUCAUCUUGAGUCUUCUUUUUCUUGCUAAAAACAGUGAAAACUCAUGAAAGUUUAAGACUUUUGAAUCCACCUUCUUCAAUCCAAGAGGCCCCAUCUUUUAAUUUGUUUUAAAGUUGAGUUCUUUUUUCUGUUCAUGGAUCCCAAUCCCAAGAACUCAACCCCAAAAAACCCUCAUGAAUUACCCAACUUCUUGAACCAUCAAACCCUACCAAACCAAAACCAAACUAUGGGGGAGAACAAACCAGCAAAGAUCAAAGACUUUCAGAUAGCAAUUUCAGACAAAGCUGAAGAGCAACAGAAAAAACAGUUAGCGCCAAAGAGAAGCUCAAACAAAGACAGGCAUACAAAAGUAGAAGGAAGAGGCAGAAGAAUAAGGAUGCCAGCACUUUGUGCAGCAAGAAUUUUCCAGUUGACAAGAGAAUUAGGCCAUAAAUCUGAUGGUGAGACAAUUCAGUGGCUGUUACAACAGUCUGAGCCCUCUAUAAUUGCAGCCACCGGAACUGGAACCAUCCCAGCUUCAGCUUUGGUGGCUGCUGGUGGCUCAGUUUCACAGCAUGGUGCUUCUUUAUCAGCUGGGUUACACCAAAAGAUUGAUGAUUUUGGUGGGUCCAGCAGUGGAAAUUCUAAUUGUAGGACCAGUUGGGGUAUGUUAGGUGGCAAUUUAGGGAGACCCCAUCAUCAUCAUCAUGUAGGUUCAACAGGGUUAUGGCCCCAAGUUGGUGGCUUUGGUUUUCAGUCAUCAUCUAGUGUUACUACUAGUAGUACUGGUCCAGUGGUGGCAGCAAAUUUGGGGAGUGAAAAUUCAUCUUAUUUGCAGAAAAUUGGGUUUCCUGGCUUUGAUUUGUCAGGAAAUAAUAUGGGGGCUAUGAGUUUUAGCUCAAUCUUGGGUGCAACCAGUACUCAGCAGAUUCCAGGGUUGGAGCUUGGUUUGUCUCAGGAUGGUCAUAUUGGGAUUCUGAGUCCACAGGCUUUGAGUCAGCUUUAUCAGCAGAUGGGGCAAGCUAGAGGGGUCCCUCAGCAUCAGCAUCAGCAGCAAAAUCCUGCUAAGGAUGAUUCUCAAGGGUCAGGGGCUUAGAUAGUUUGUAGUUUAGAGGAUUUACUAGGCAUUCUUGAUGUUGAGAGAAAAACCUGAGUGAUUUUUGUGUGAUGCUUUUUGUAUUGUAUAAUUGCUUUAAAGAAAAAGGAAACAAACCAAAAGAAAUACUUGAGAGAAUUCAAUAGGAUUUGGCUUUGUUUUCGCCACUUCGACAACCUUGUCUCCAUAAACAGGUUGAAUUGUGCACAGCGAAAAAGUUCGGAUUUGGGCUUAACUUCUUAUUAGUUCAGAGAGGUGUGUUGAUUAUAGUUUAAAUUAUUUUGUUCUUCACUUAAUUUAAGAUGGAGUGAUGAUCACUCUUUUUGUGAGAUUUGCUUAUAUAUUUGUCCAAUUUACGUCAUAGCACUACAAAUCUUUUACUUCUCUGGUUGAAGAAUACAUUAUUUUGUAAGGGAAGUGGCAAGUGCUUUUGACAUUUGAGUGCCUUUUAUAUAUAUUUUACUUGCAUCUUGUUUGCAGGAAA